AUGCGGUGCCAGCAGGGAAUGCGGCUCGAUGAGCGGUACGUUCCGUACUUGCAGAUGGCUGGAUUAUACCAUCUUGCAAGACUGAACGACAGAUGGUUUCGACUAGACGAGCCGCUUGUGAGUGCAUUCGUCGAAAGGUGGCGUCCGGAGACGCACACUUUCCACAUGCCUUUCGGGGAGUGUACCAUCACACUUCAGGACGUGGCCUACCAGUUGGGUUUGCCAGUGGACGGACAUUAUGUCAGCGGUUGCCUUACGGAUUUCCAUGAGACCUUUGGAGAGUGCCCCGAGGGGGCCGAUGAGGCGACAGUUAGGCGCUUUGCCCGUGCCUAUAUCAUGGUGUUGUUGGGAACGCAGCUGUUUGCAGACAAGUCAGGCAAUCGUAUUCACAUCAGAUGGCUACCGUACGUGGCUAGGCUUGAGGAGAUGGGUGGCUACAGUUGGGGGUCGGCGGCACUUGCAUGGUUGUACCGAUGUAUGUGCAGAGUGGCCAACAGACAUGUCGUGAAAUUAGCUGGGCCAUUACAGUUACUUCAGUCUUGGAUCUUUUGGCAGUUUUCUAGUUUUCGGCCCGAUGGGUGGUCAGAUUACAAUCCUGGUGUUAGCGAGAAGGGACCUCGGGUGCAGAUGACUCGGUUGAGGAUCCACAUGUUACAGGCUAGGGAUGUAAGUAUGCAUAAAACAUUUGCCUAG